AUGGGGGAUGGAGGGUGUUGGCCGACGAUGGAUCUGCUGCGUUCAGAGGAGAUCCAAUUGGUGCAACUGAUUAUUCCGAUGGAAUCCGCUUAUCGAGCGAUCGUGUACCUAGGUGAACUCGGGCUCUUCCAAUUCAAAGAUCUCAAUGCUGAAAAGAGCCCAUUCCAGCGGACAUAUGCUACUCAGAUCAAAAGAUGUGGUGAAAUGGCAAGGAAGUUGCGUUUCUUCAGGGAACAAAUGACAAAGGCUAGUUUGUCGCCAUCAAUCCAUUCUGAAAGAAGUACUGAUAUUUAUAUUGAACAUUUGGAGGUGAAACUUGGAGAACUUGAAGCCGAGCUGAUAGAAUUAAAUGGAAAUAAUGAAAAGUUACAGAGCACUUACAAUGAACUAACAGAGUACAAGCUUGUACUUCAGAAGGCUGGUGAGUUUUUCAAUUCUGUGGAAAGCAAAGCAGCAGCGCAACAGAGAGAAUUUGAAGCAAAGAACUUUGGUGAAGGAUCCAUUGACAGUCCCUUAUUAUUUGAACAAGAGAUGACAACUGAUCCUUCAAAGCAAGUUAAGCUAGGCUAUAUCAGUGGUCUUGUUUCUAGAGAGAAAUCAAUGGCCUUCGAAAGAAUUCUGUUUCGUACAACCAGGGGUAAUGUGUUCUUGAGGCAAUCUGUUGUUGAUAGCCCUGUUGUAGAUCCGGUGUCAGGGCAGAAGAUUGAGAAAAAUGUGUUUGUUGUCUUCUACUCCGGUGAAAGAGCAAAGCAAAAAAUUCUGAAAAUAUGUGAUGCUUUUGGAGCUAAUCGUUACCCUUUUACGGAUGAUCUAGGCAAACAAUUUCAGAUGAUUUCAGAGGUGUCAGAAAAACUUUCAGAGUUGAAGACAACAAUAGAUGUCGGGAUGGUACACCGGAGCAAUCUGUUGCAGACAAUUGGCUAUCAGUUUGAGCAUUGGAGCCUUCUGGUGAAGAAGGAAAAAUCCAUUUACCACACUUUGAAUAUGCUCAGCAUGGAUGUGACGAAGAAGUGUCUUGUUGCAGAAGGUUGGUCUCCCGUUUUUGCAAAAGAUCAGAUUCAAAAUGCACUUCGGAGGGCAGCACUUGACAGCAACUCGCAAGUUGGAGCCAUAUUCCAGGUUUUGCCAACAAAGGAGCCACCACCGACUUUUUUCCGUACAAACAAGUUUACAUCUGCUUUUCAAGAAAUUGUAGAUGCAUAUGGGGUUGCCAAGUAUCAGGAAGCAAAUCCUGGCGUAUACACGAUUAUCACAUUCCCCUUCCUUUUUGCGGUAAUGUUUGGUGAUUGGGGUCAUGGCAUAUGCUUGUUGCUGGCAACAUUAUACCUAAUAAUCAGGGAAAAGAAGUUUUCCAGUCAGAAGCUGGGAGACAUCACAGAAAUGACUUUUGGUGGCCGCUAUGUUAUCAUGAUGAUGGCACUAUUCUCAAUUUACACUGGAUUGAUCUAUAAUGAAUUCUUUUCAGUCCCAUUUGAAUUAUUUGGGCCUUCUGCCUAUGGAUGUCGUGAUCCAUCUUGCAGGGAUGCUUAUACUGUGGGUUUAAUAAAAGUGCGUGCGACAUAUCCAUUCGGUGUGGACCCAAAGUGGCAUGGUACCCGGAGCGAGUUACCUUUUUUGAACUCAUUGAAGAUGAAGAUGUCAAUUCUCUUGGGAGUGGCCCAAAUGAAUCUUGGAAUUAUAAUAAGCUACUAUAACGCUAAAUUUUUUGGUGACAGCAUAAAUAUCUGGUACCAAUUUGUUCCUCAGAUGAUUUUCCUAAAUAGCUUGUUUGGCUACCUUUCAUUGCUCAUAAUUGUGAAAUGGUGCACUGGCUCACAAGCUGAUCUGUAUCAUGUGAUGAUUUACAUGUUUCUGAGUCCUACUGAUGAUCUGGGUGAAAAUCAACUUUUUUUCGGCCAGAAGUUUAUUCAGAUUGUGUUACUCUUAUUGGCCCUUGUUGCUGUCCCGUGGAUGCUGCUUCCGAAGCCUUUCCUCUUAAAGAAGCAACACCAAGAAAGGCACCAAGGUCAAUCCUAUUCCCUGAUUGACAGCAUUGACGACCCUCUUGAAAUCGAGCUGCAUCAUGAUUCCCAUAGCCAUGAGGAAUUUGAGUUUAGUGAAGUCUUUGUACACCAGCUCAUACAUACCAUAGAGUUUGUGCUUGGAGCAGUAUCAAAUACAGCUUCAUAUUUGCGUUUAUGGGCUCUCAGUCUUGCCCAUUCAGAGUUGUCAAGUGUAUUCUAUGACAAGGUUUUACUUCUUGCCUGGGGGUUCAACAAUACCAUUGUUCUUAUUGUUGGCAUAAUUGUAUUCAUCUGCGCCACUGUCGGUGUCCUACUAGUGAUGGAAACCCUAAGUGCAUUCCUCCAUGCCUUGCGACUUCACUGGGUGGAGUUCCAGAACAAGUUCUACGAGGGAGAUGGUUACAAGUUCUGCCCGUUUUCAUUUGCAUUACUUACUCUGGAAGAUGAAUAGGGGAUACGUGAAGCAUGUUUAGAGGCUAUGGUGCAAGAAACAAAUUCCACAAUCUAGUGAAUCUAGUAAGUAUAGAAAUCCAUCCAUUCUUUCAUAUAUAUUGAUGAGUUCACAGAACCAUGCUCCAGUUUGUUCAACGUGUUGAAAGAAUUAUUAUUGAGAAACCCGAACCACAGGAAUUUACAACUGGCUUGAUGCCAAUAUUCUUUUCAAAUGAUUAGCACGAUGUAUUUAUUUUGCCCAUGCAUAUGUCCUCAUACUGUGUUAACCACUUGGAGUUAGUCUAGUUAAUUA